GACGGCGGCGCGCGCUGUCCCCGGCGUUUAGUUUGCAUUUAUUCGGACGCGGUUACAUUGCCGGCGCGCUCACCAGUCCACUCGGCUGCUGGUCAUUCCGGCACUCGCGGCCAUCGCCAACGAACACGCGACGCUCACCAGCAGCUCGUCUCCACAUUACAGCGGCGGUGUCUUACUAUUUAAUAUUAGUGUGAUUUUUAUUAAUAUUAUAUAUAUAUUUUUUUUAACGUGUGUGUACCUACCUACCGUACGAGUGCGUUUACACGUUAUUACCAAACGACGACGGUACACCGAGUACAUAAUGGAUUUUAUUUGAAAAAUAUUAUGUAAAAAAAUUGGCAAAACGUUUUUGCUUUUAUUAAUUUUUUUUAUCACUCUCGACAAAAUUUUCUAUUUUGUUUGUUAAUUAUAAAUAUUUAUUUUAUUUUUCCUAUCCAUGUGACAAACAAUUCUUAUGUCUAUAAUAAUACCGUUGUUGUACAAUUAUUAUUAUCGAGUACGCAAAAUGAUCGUCGAAUUUUGGAAUCGGUCGAAUUUUCCAAAAUCCGCGAAGUUAUGCUAACGUGAAAAAACAGAACUUUGUAUACGAUACGACAUCUCGUUAAGUCAAAACACACGUGGUGCGACACCGUCGAGUUUACGUUCACCAUGAGGAUAAAAAUGCCAGCAGUCCGUAUCGCUCAAGCGGAUACGGACAUGACGCAGACAGUCGGCGGAACCGACCAGGACCUGCUGACCUGCGGACAGUGUCAAAAAGCGUUCUUGCUGUCCGACAUUUGCCGGUUCGUGCAGCACAAAGUGGCCGGAUGCGGCAACAAGGAAGCCCUGUUGGCCGACCGCAACAGCGGCGGCGGCGACGACAACAACGGACUGACCGACAACGGACUACAACAGCCCGGCGGCGGCCGACGGUUGUCCGUCAACAACAAGAAACAGCAACCGCAGUCGCCACCUCUGCCCAACGACGAACACGCUCCGGAGCGUUCGCUGCCGUCCAGCACGCCGAAACGGACGUCGACGCCGUCCAACGGCGAUUGCAACAGCGAGCACGAGGACGACAACAAGCCGUCCAGGACGAAACAGGAGUCCGAGUCGUCCGACGACCUGGCCGCCGGCUAUCACAAAAAGUCCAACCGGUCGGCGUCGUCGUGCGCGGACGCCGAGUCCAACACCACCAAUUCCGAGCCCAGCAGUUUCGUGUGUUGCACGUGCAAGGCGAGGUACAACUCGGCGUGGAGACUAUUGCAGCACGCCCAAACAUCACACUCGUUCAAGAUCUACACGGACGGCACGCCGUCGCCCGUCUCGCAGUCCAAGAACAACACGUCGUGCUCGUCGCUGGGCUCGUCCGGAUGUUCGAGCAACGCUUCGCUGCCGGGCAUGUCGGCGCUGCCCUUGGCCCUGAGCAUGCCGUCCAGGCUGAACCUACAACCGCCACCGCCGCCGCCGCCGGUACCGACCAGCAUCAACAGCGGGGGCGCCCCGCCCAUGAUGGACCCCAUGCCACCCAUGCCGUUGCACAACCCUUUUGGUGUUGGAGGCUUGCUUAGGAUGCCGAUGGGCGAGCCUCCCCAGCGUCCGUCCCCGUUCCCCGGGACUUCACCCAUCGGCAACCCGCCUUUGUUCGGUCGGACGCCUAGUCACCAGGACCAUCAGUUUCGCAUGGAACAGCUCAUGUCCGAGCAGUUCCGCCUGAACCAACAGCAACACGGUCUGGGGUUCGCCGUGGCCGUAGCCGCGGCCAACGCCAUGCCCACGUCCCCGUUCCCGGGGCUCUCCAACGAUCGCGGUAACAAUCCUCGGCUGCCGGCGCCCACGUUGCCGGCACUCAGUCUCGAUCCGCAGAUGGAUUUUUACUCGCAGCGAUUGCGGCAACUCGCAGGUACCACUAGCCCGGGAGCUGCUACUGCACACAGUUCGUCGCCUUCGCCGAGAAAAAUGACACCACCAUAUAGCAGCCCCAAUUCUACGACCGCUUCGGCCGCCAUGGCCCAGCCGAACGCCGCCACCGCCGGUCUAAACAACAACAACAACAACAACAGCAACGUCAGCAACAACAACUCGAUCGAGUCGGCGGCGGAACACGAGAGAUCCGGCGACGCGUCCCGAAACACUUUGGACCUGUCGUCGAACGCCGUCAACAAGGAGAAGACAGCCGACAUAAGCGACCAGCAGAUCGUCUCCGAGGAAAAGACCCGAGAGUGCGAGUACUGCGGCAAAAAGUUCCGGUUCCAGAGCAACUUGAUCGUGCACAGGCGUACGCAUACCGGCGAAAAACCGUACAAGUGUUCGGUGUGCGACCACGCGUGUACGCAGAGCUCCAAGAUGAAGAGACACAUGAAAACGCAUCGGCGGUCGAACCGGGGAAACGGGCUGGCCGGUGGCGAGCGUGGGACCGCCAAUGGGGUGGAUACGAGCUCGACACCGGAUCUAACAUCCAAUGACGACGAUGACGAUGACUCCGAGCUGGACGAUGACGACGCCGACGAAGAGGAAGAAGAGGAGGAAGAAGACGAGGACGAAGAAGAGGACGACGAGGAGGGCGACGACGACGAGGAGCACAUGGAGCUCGAGGACGAAGACAACGACGAGAACGAGGGCGGUGACGUGCCCGAAGACCUGACCACAAAGUCCACGUCGUCGGCGGAACACGAUAAGAAGCCCGGGCAUUCGAACAACACGUCGCCCGAGAACCGUCCCGGCGACAAAGGAAUGCCUCCCAACUCGCUGGUGGGCGAACUCAUGAGCAAGUUCGGCCUGAGCAACAUCCAGCAGUACAGCGAAGCGUAUAAGCAGGCGCUCAAAGAGUCAGUGAUCCCGCCUCAGUUUCGUGUUCGGCGCAAAGACAAUUUCCGACUGUCGCCCAUCAUCAACGACAACAACAACGGUACCGUCAAGUCGGCCAACCCGUUGCGGAAUCUCGACAACGGCCUUAGCGACAAGGCGGCGGCCGAUUUGCGGUUCCGCGAAGAGUUCACCAAAAACUUGAUCGCGGCCGGCCAGAACCCGCUGGACCUGAUGGGCGGCCAUCCGGGCAUUUUCGGUCCCGGUUCGGCUUUCGAGAACCCGUUCGAUCCCGCGGCCAAGCGGCUGAAGCUCGACCCCGACAAUCCGCACCAUCCGCUGCUGAAUCGAGACCGACUGUACACGGCCGGCAUGUCGUGGUUGCCGGCGUUGGCGGCGCACCAUCGCGGCGAGUCGUUCCUGGGCGUGCCCGGGGUGGGCGACCGGAACAAGUCGUCGUCGGAACCCGGAAGCGGCGGCAACGGCGGCAGCGGCCGGUCCAAACCGGGACCCAGCUCGCUGUCGGCGGCGCUCAACUUGGGCCUGCAGGGUCACAUGAAGAAGGAGUCGCGCCGUAACGACACAUGCGAGUACUGCGGCAAAGUGUUCAAAAACUGCAGCAACCUGACCGUGCACAGGCGGUCGCACACCGGCGAAAAGCCGUACAAGUGCGAGCUGUGUUCGUACGCGUGCGCCCAGAGCUCGAAGCUGACCAGGCACAUGAAGACCCACGGCCGGCUCGGCAAGGACGUGUACCGGUGCCGGUUUUGCGAGAUGCCGUUUUCGGUGCCGUCCACGCUGGAGAAGCACAUGCGCAAGUGCGUGGUCAACCAGAACAUCAAACUGGAAGGCGGCCAGUACAUGAAAAUGGACGACGGUUCCAAAUUGGACUCGGCCAUGAAGCUGGACAGCAGCUACAUGAUCCAGUCCAUGAUGGACGACGAGUCGUACAGCAGUUCCGUGUCCAAAGACAACACAUGACUCUUCCCGUGGAGGGGUUUCAGCCCCCUCCCCGUGCAGAGCACAUACUGACGAGUGUGUACUCCUCGACGUUCAACUUACAUAAUACAUUAAAAUACAUAUAAUAUAAUGCGUGUGCGUGUGUAUUAUCAUUUAUAUAUAUAUAUACAACAUAGAUCUCGAAAACACAUUUUUAUUUAUAAAAUAUAUUAUUAUUAUUAUUUUUUAA